AUGCUGUCUCGCAUCCUCCUUGCUGGCCUGCUGCCCGCGGCCGUCCUCGCCCGUACUGACCUCUCUGGCUGCACCUCCAGCGUCGACGGUGCCAGCCUGAUCUGGUACGUCCCCGGCACCGGCGAGCUCUGCGAGUUUAUCGACUGUGGCGGCGGACGCGCCCCUCCCAAGACCACCGUCCCGGGCUGCCCUGGCUACACCGGAACCGCCACCGUCACGCCCAGCUUCCUGCCCGGGUUUGGCGGCAACGCGGCUGCCUCGUCUACCGCUGUUAGCCAGCCGCCGGCAUCCCCGUCUGCCGAGUCGUCGCCCGCUGGUGCUGCGUCUAUUACUGCGUCCGCCACGACCUCUGUCGGGUCCGGCACCACCACCGUGACUGCUCCCACCACCACCUCUACCACCGACGUGAAGUCAGAGCCCGGCGUCGUUGUCAUUUCCGGCUCGGACGGCACCACGACCACCAUUGCUCCGUCGGUCACCCCUCCUGCGGGCGGCAACGGCACGAACACGUCCUUGCCUCCUGGCAUCAUCGUCACCGACGGCAAGACCAGCACGGUGUUCGGCACGAACAAGCCGCCCACCAAGACGACAACCGGGGCGACUGCGUCGACGGCCGGUGCUGUGGCCCUCAGCGGUGCGGGCGGUCUCCUGGGCGCGGCCGCCGUCGUCGGUGUUGCUGCGCUGCUGUAA